UUGUUGUUGAUAAAAUUGACUAAAUUGAGGUUAUAAUUAUUUUUGAUUUAUUUAUUUGAUAUGUAAACUGUAAUGAUUGAUGAGUGUGGAUAAAGUAUUUCAAUAAUUAGGCAAUAAAUAAUUAUUUGAAAAUGUCGAAAGAAGAGGAAAAUGUUCAUAUUUUGGAAGGAAGUAAUAAUCAGAAAGGUGGCCUUUUUGUAAAAACAAAAAAUACUACACCAACCUUCAAAGUUCCCCAAAGAUCGUUGUUAGGCUUAGAUAAGCUUGCAGCUGCUAAAAGAAGGGAAAAGGAAGAAAGUUCUAAUAGUAAUACUGAAAGUUCAAACACUUUAGGAAGUUUAAAAAAACCUUCAGAGGGUAGAAAUUUCCGAGCACCCCAAUCAGAAACUCCUACUUACACAGGGGGUGUAACAGAACAGGCAAGGAAGAGGUUACUGGAUAGAUUAGAUACCAGUAAAUGGAGAGAAAAGGGUGUAUAUGCAUCAACAAAGGAAUUAAAACACAGAUCUAGUAAAUAUGAUGAGAAAAGAGAAAGCCAAAAUGAUAAGAAAUAUGAAGAUAAAGAAAGAAGAAAAUAUAGAGAUGGUGAUAGAAGAAGGAAUUUCAAUUACAGUGAUCGUUCUGAUCGUAAAAGCUCUCGAAGAGAAGUCUAUUUCAAAGAUGAACCAAGUACUCCUGAUCUGAGGGUAAAAAGUGAUGUUUCAAAAACAGCAUGGGAAGAAGAGGAUACAGGAUACCAAUCAAGAAAAUCAGCUUGGGAUUAUCCUACACCAUCCCUUUACAAAAAGGAGGGUGAUUGGUCAGAAAGGAGCCACCAAUCUAGGAAACAUGACUAUAGUGAAAGAGAUCAUGAUAGGAAAAGUAAGAGAUCAAAAUAUGAUGACACACCAAGACCUACUCCAGCACAUCGAUAUAACUCUUGGAUGAAAGAUCGAAAAAGAUCUGGAGCAACCCCUGGCGUAUCUAAAGAUGAUAAAGUCAAAUGGGAUGCAACAGUAGAUAGAGAAGCUUGGGAGGAAGAACAAAAGAGAAUUGACAGAGAGUGGUACAACAUAGAUGAAGGGUAUGAUGAUGAAUGUAAUCCAUUUUCAAGCAUCAGUGAAGAAUAUACAAAGAAGAAGGAAGAACAAUUGGAACAAAGGAAAAAAAAAAGAUUAUCUGCGCAACAAAGGCAAAUAAAUAAAGAUAAUGAAUUAUGGGAAAGGAACAGAAUGCUGACCUCUGGUGUUGUUCAAUCUAUUGAUUUCAAUGAAGAUUAUGAUGAAGAAACCCUAGAUAGAGUGCAUUUGCUUGUACAUAACAUAGUACCACCAUUUCUUGAUGGCAGAAUUGUAUUCACUAAGCAGCCAGAACCAGUUGUUCCAGUCAGGGAUCCAACUUCUGACAUGGCAAUGGUCGCAAGAAAAGGGAGCCAUUUAGUAAGAAUCUACAGGGAACAAAAAGAGAAACGAAAGGCCCAAAAAAAGCAUUGGGAACUAGGUGGUACUAAAAUAGGAAAUAUUAUGGGUAUCAAGAAAAAAGAAGAUGAGGAAGACAAACGGUUCAACAAAGAUGAUGAUAGAGCUGAUUACAAAACAGAUCAAAAGUUCGCUGAACAUAUGAAAAGUCAAGAAGGAAUGAGUGAUUUUUCAAGGAAAAAGAGUAUAACUGAACAAAGAAGAUUCUUGCCAGUCUUUGCAGUUAGGCAAGAACUUCUAAAUGUUAUCAGAGAAAAUUCUGUAGUCAUUAUUGUGGGUGAAACUGGAAGUGGUAAAACAACACAAUUGACCCAAUAUCUGCAUGAGGAUGGUUACAGUAAAUUCGGUAUGAUUGGCUGCACCCAACCAAGAAGAGUGGCAGCGAUGUCCGUGGCCAAGCGUGUGAGUGAUGAAAUGGGUACCGAACUAGGAGAUGAAGUUGGUUAUGCCAUUCGUUUUGAAGACUGCACAUCAGAAAACACUGUUAUAAAAUACAUGACGGAUGGUAUUCUAUUGAGAGAGAGUUUGAGAGAACCCGAAUUAGAUCACUAUAGUGUAAUCAUUAUGGAUGAGGCACACGAGAGAUCUCUCAGUACAGAUGUACUUUUUGGACUGCUAAGAGAGAUAGUUGCCAAACGACAUGAUCUCAAGCUUAUAGUUACAUCUGCCACCAUGGAUUCCACGAAGUUUUCAACAUUUUUUGGUAAUGUCCCAACAUUCACUAUCCCUGGACGAACAUUCCCAGUUGAAACUCUAUUCAGUAAAAAUCCAGUGGAAGAUUAUGUGGAUGCUGCGGUAAAACAAGCCUUGCAGAUACAUCUUCAGCCGCCAUCAGGAGACAUUCUUAUAUUCAUGCCUGGACAAGAAGAUAUUGAAGUAACAUGUGAGGUUUUGGCUGAGAGAUUGGCAGAAAUCGACAAUGCUCCUGAAUUAUCAAUUUUACCGAUAUACUCACAAUUACCAUCAGAUCUUCAAGCAAAAAUCUUCCAGAGAUCGCCCGAUGGCAUCAGAAAAUGUGUGGUAGCUACAAAUAUUGCGGAGACCUCCCUAACUGUCGAUGGUAUUAUAUUCGUUAUCGAUUCAGGAUUUUGUAAAUUAAAAGUAUAUAAUCCACGUAUUGGUAUGGACGCUCUACAGAUAUAUCCAAUCAGUCAAGCCAAUGCCAAUCAAAGAUCUGGCAGAGCAGGUCGUACUGGCCCAGGUCAAGCAUUUCGUUUAUACACUGAAAGGCAAUACAAAGAUGAGCUUCUUAUUACUACCGUACCUGAAAUUCAGAGAACGAAUCUUGCUAAUACAGUAUUACUGCUAAAGUCCUUAGGUGUGCAGGAUUUACUGCAAUUUCAUUUCAUGGACCCGCCUCCUCAGGAUAAUAUUCUGAAUUCAUUAUAUCAACUUUGGAUAUUGAGAGCUUUAGACCAUACAGGGAUGUUAACAAAAUUGGGAAGACAAAUGGCAGAAUUCCCUCUAGAUCCACCACAAUGUCAAAUGUUGAUAGUAUCUAGCCAAAUGGGUUGUACAGCGGAAAUUUUAAUUAUAGUUUCCAUGCUAUCUGUGCCAUCUAUAUUUUUCCGACCAAAAGGAAGGGAAGAAGAAGCAGAUGGUGUCAGAGAAAAAUUUCAGGUACCUGAAAGUGAUCAUUUGACCUUUUUAAAUGUCUAUAAUCAAUGGAAACAAAAUGGUUACUCGUCUCAUUGGUGCAAUGAACAUUUCAUCCACACAAAAGCAAUGAGAAAAGUUAGAGAAGUUAGGCAGCAACUCAAGGAUAUAUUGAUUCAACAGAAACUAGAUAUUCAGUCCUGUGGAACUGAUUGGGACAUCAUAAGGAAAUGCAUUUGUUCUGCCUAUUUCCAUCAAGCAGCUCGGCUAAAAGGUAUAGGAGAGUAUGUGAAUUGUAGAACCGGUAUGCCUUGCCAUCUGCAUCCAACAUCAGCUUUAUUCGGUCUAGGCAACACUCCAGAUUAUGUUGUUUAUCAUGAAUUAGUGAUGACAGCCAAAGAGUACAUGCAGUGUGUUACUUCUGUGGAUGGACACUGGCUUGCGGAAUUGGGACCUAUGUUUUUUUCUGUUAAAGAAAGUGGGAAGUCUGGAAGGGCUAAGAAGAAACAAGAAGCUGAACAUUUACAAGAAAUGGAGAGCCAAAUGACGAUGGCGCAAGAAGAAAUGAGAGCAAGGAAAGAAGCUGCAGACAAAAAAGAGGCUGCAAUGCAAAAAGGACAGGAGAUAGUUAAUGCUGGUGUAACACCAAGGAGAACACCUCAUCGAUUAGGACUGUAAUGUAAUUGUAUAUUUUAUCUAAUGGUAGAGGCAUUCCCCUUUUGGCUAACGUAAUUAUUGCACUCUAAAUGCUUAAAGGGAGCCCAAGGGUUGAAAUAAAAUAGAUUUAUAAUGUUAUUUUUGAAAAUAAAAUGAUUUCAAUAUA